UGGGCUUCAGUUGCGCUCCACCACGUCCCGAAGAAGCAUCCGUGUGGGGUCCUCUCCCCGUGUAUGGUCUCUCUUGUGUCUCUCUCUCCCCUUUUUGUUGAAAGAAUAAGGUUCUUCGACAAUCUCCCACAAUGGGUGCCCAUUGUUUGUUCAGUGAAAGAGUGGAACUAUUGCUGAUAUUAACGCUUAUUUGCUAUUUCUGUUAGCACCACCAACAUCGCAACAAUUUGGAUAACUCAAGGAGAGAAAGUGUUGAUUUUUUCUUUUUAAUUCGUGCUCUGUGCCAAGAAGAAAAAUCCAGCCACAGAGGGUGGGGACGUGCAAGAAUACUUUAAGAGCUUUUUAUGUGAAUUCUUUUUACUCUGAACGGAAAAGCUCGCUGGAAAAGUUCAAAACUCCCCCGAAAAUGUGAUUGCCCUUUUGCAAAAAAGAAUUUAUGCGUAAAGUUUCAAGUGUGAAGAAGCCUUCAAGUCUGUGUGGUGCGGUGUUUUGACGAUAAAGGUGCCGGGAGGAGUAGCAGCCGCGCGGUGUAUAUAAAAAGCUCUCGCUGAGAGAAACAUAGCAUCAUUGCUAAGCUUUGCGUUCUUAUGCUCGGUUGUGUCGUCGCAGUUGGGGGCGCAUACUAGCCGAAAAAAAAUCGAUACAAUCCACCUUCUGAGAGUUUCUUCAAAGAGCAAAAAUUCUUCUGAGUGUGUGCGUGUGUAGAAAUAAGCCUUCUUUUAUCACUCUCGUUCAAAGUGCCGUCAUGAUUAUUUCUUCAUCCAAAUGAGUGACUAUUUCCGCAUAAAAAAAAUCUUCAACACGCUCAACAUUGAGAUUCUUGUGGGUUUAUUUGGGAGUAUUAUUGGUGUGAAAUAGACUGUGUGCUGUAUUACUUUUAAUAAUUUAAUUUGGAAGCUUUUUAAUUCAUACGUGGUGGAUAAUGGAAUAACAAAAAGCUUCAUUGGCGCAUCAUUCACCGAAGGAAGGAAAGAAAUAAAGAAAAAUAAUUAUUCCCGUGUGGUGAAUAAUUCAUCCAUUACUGCGGCUAUCAAAUUAAUCCAGACAUUGGACAAUGGAUCAAGUGGACGAUGAAGCACCGAAGGAUCCGGGGGCUAGGCAGCUUGCCCACCAAGGAUACACUGAACAAGAUUUUGAAGGUCAUCGUGCACACACCGUCUUCGUGGGAGUUCAUUUGCCCGCCCGCGGAGGUCGAGGACGCCGGCAUUCACAUCGACGCCACAAGGAGCACCACAGAAGGGAAUCCGGCGACAAGGGAGUCACCGAUAGACCCGUAACUCCACCAUCGCAGAGGGUGCAGUUCAUCCUUGGGGAGGACAUUGAUGAUGGCAAUCACGAAUCCCAUCCGCUCUUCUCGGAAAUGGAGGAGCUUGUCCGCGGGGAGGGCGAUGAGAUUGAAUGGAAGGAAACAGCGCGGUGGGUGAAGUUCGAGGAGGAUGUGGAGCAGGGUGGGAAUCGCUGGUCGAAACCUCAUGUGGCCACGUUGUCUCUGCACUCGCUCUUCGAGUUGCGCAGCCUCCUGCUCAAUGGCACCGUCAUGCUGGACAUGGAGGCCACAAAUCUCGAGCAAGUGGCUGAUCUUGUGUGCGACAACAUGAUCAACGCAGGCUCCCUCUCCAGUGGAUCCCGCGAGAAAGUUCGCGAUGCUCUCCUGCGUCGGCAUCGUCAUCAGCAUGAGCAUGAGCACAAGCGGAAGGACAAUAUGAGUCGCCUGCCAAUUAUCCGUUCCCUCACGGAGAUCGGACGCAAUCAUUCCACAUCGAAAAUUGAUGAACAACAGAAUGGUGGUAGUAAUGGCCCAUCGUCGGCAUCCCUUAAAGGAAGCGAUAGUGGAAAGUAUCUCAUGGUGCCUGGGAAGAAUGGCCUAUCCCACUCGCCUGGGGAGGAAAUGGUGAAGAGUCCCAGCAAUAUUUCCAUGCAACAGAAUGGAAAUGGAGAUCAUUCAGAUCACAAAGCCAAUACGCAGUUUAUGAGGAAGAUUCCACCUGGAUCAGAAGCAAGCAACAUUCUCGUUGGGGAAGUUGAAUUCCUCGAUAAGACUCUGUCUGCCUUCAUUCGACUCAGCCAGGCUACAAUUAUGGGUGAUCUGACUGAAGUUCCCGUACCCACGAGAUUCAUGUUCAUCCUCCUUGGCCCACCGGGGAGUCAGGAAAAAUUCCACGAAAUUGGCCGUGCUAUGGCUACACUGAUGUCUGAUGAAGUAUUCCAUGAGGUAGCCUAUCGUGCCCGUAAGCGUGAUCACUUGCUCGCUGGCAUUGAUGAAUUCCUCGAUGCUGUGACUGUUUUGCCACCCGGUGAAUGGGAUCCAACAAUUCGUAUUGAACCACCAGCUGCCAUUCCCUCCCAAGAGGUACGAAAGCGUCCACCAGCUGAGAAGCCCCCAAAGGAGAAGGAAGAGCACGAUGAGGAAGAGGAGGAAGCUCGUAUUAGGGAAGAAUCGGGACUUUCACGUACUGGCCGUCUAUUUGGUGGUUUGAUAAAUGACCUCAAACGCAAGGCCCCAUUCUAUGUGUCCGACUUCAAGGAUGCCAUCGCACUGAAGUGCGUUUCAACGUGGAUUUUCCUCUACUUUGCUUGCCUUUCGCCGAUCAUUACCUUCGGUGGACUCCUUGGGGAGGCAACAGGGAAAAACAUGGCCGCCAUGGAGUCCCUUGUAUCGGGUUUUGUCUGUGGCAUUGGCUACGGGUUCUUCUCGGGGCAACCACUAACAAUUCUCGGAUCAACAGGACCCGUCUUGGUGUUCGAGACCAUCGUCUAUGAGUUCUGCAAGGGUGUCAAUUGGGACUAUUUGGCCUUUAGGCUGUGGAUCGGCACAUGGAUGACCAUUAUCCUCAUUAUCCUUGUUGCUGUGGACGCCAGCGCCUUUGUAUGCUACAUCACACGCUUCACAGAAGAGAACUUUGCCUGCCUCAUUGCUUUCAUCUUCAUCGUCAAGGCGGUGGAGAAUGUCUUGAGCAUUGGGAAGAAGUAUCCGAUGCAUCCGCCAGAAGUUUACGACUGUAUCUGUACACCGCCACUCGGGACGCAGGAUUCAGUGCUGGAGUGGACAAAGUUCAGCCGUAAAAUGUGUCUCAAUCUCAAUGGGACGCUCGUUGGUGAAGACUGCUCAAAGCCCGAUCACACCAACGCCAAUGUUUUUCCCAUGUCCUUUAUUCUCUUCAUGGGAACAUUUCUCUUGUCAAUUAUUCUCAAGGAUUUCAAGAAUGCUCUCUUCUUUCCAUCAAAGAUUCGUCAAGUGAUUAGUGAUUUUGCGGUGCUCAUUGCAAUCUUCUCGAUGACCCUCACGGACCUUGUCUUCGGUAUACCAACGCCAAAACUCGAAGUACCCACGGAACUCAAGCCAACCCUCAAUACCCGCGGUUGGCUCAUUUAUCCGUUCCAAGGAAACCCUGUGUGGUCUGGGGUGGUUGCCAUCCUGCCAGCUCUGCUUGGCACCAUCUUGAUAUUCAUGGAUCAACAAAUAACGGCUGUGAUUGUAAAUAGGAAGGAGCACAAGCUGAAGAAGGGUUGCGGAUACCAUCUGGAUCUCUUUGUUCUCGCCAUUCUCAUCCAAAUAUGCUCCGUCAUGGGACUUCCAUGGUUCGUUGCUGCCACUGUCUUGAGCAUUACUCACGUCAAUUCCCUGAAGGUGGAGCCCGAAUGUUCAAUUCCGGGUGUUCGUUCAGCAGGUCAUUUGGGUGUCCUUGAGCAACGUGGCACACACUUGCUGAUCUUCCUCACCAUUGGCAUCUCAGUCCUGUUGACGCCUCUUCUCUCACACAUUCCAAUGCCCGUUCUCUUUGGUGUUUUCCUCUACAUGGGCUUUUCAUCCCUCAAAGGACUCCAAUUUUUUGAUCGUAUCCUCAUUAUGUUCAUGCCGGUUAAAUAUCAACCGGACUACAUGUUUCUGAGACAGGUUCCCCUACGUCGUGUUCAUCUAUUCACCUUGAUCCAGCUGACCUGUCUCUCCGUGCUGUGGCUCAUAAAAUCCUUCCAGUACACAUCAAUUCUCUUCCCACUCAUGCUGGUUGUCAUGAUUGGUGUACGCAAAUCCCUCGAUUGCAUCUUUACGCGGCGUGAACUGAAGAUUCUCGACGACAUCAUGCCAGAGUUAACAAAACGUGCUGCCGCUGAUGAUCUACAUCACCUUGAGGAUGGUACUGGCGAGGAAAAUAUCACCCCACACGACUAUUCAGAUCCCAACAUACAAAUCCCCUUGGCAAAUGGGAAUAUCAUGAAAAUUCCCAUUAGCUCAAUUAACAUAUCUGAGGAAGUGAGUAAGACAUCAAUAUGGAAGCAGGUGAAUGAUGCACCAUCCACCCAAACUGCCAAGAAGAUUAAGAGUUUGGGAUUGUCCGAUAAGAAGCACAAAGGCAUCAUAAGAGAUUUGAGUCCAAAGGGAGAGAAAAGACUUUCAACAAUGGCAGAGGAGGACGAGGUAAAUCAGGAGGAGAAACCAGUGGCCACUUUGCAUAUAUCCCAAGUGUAAAUGGUCCAUCACAGCACCCUCCACCACCACCAACACCCACCUACAAACACCAAAAUAGCCGCAUUUGAUGGAUUGCAAUAUCUCCGCACAUUUUUUGCAAAUCAAAAGGAAAUCCUCAUCACAUUUUUUCCUUUAUUAUUUUUUUUUUGUAAAAAGAAAUUCUUAAAGUUUUAUUUUAUUGGAAUUUUAUUUUAUUUCUUUGUAUUUAUGUUAUCACAAAAUCACACAAAAAUACCCACAAAAUUUUAUCUUAUCGAUAUUGUAUGUUGUUGUAAUUAAAAAGAAAAAAAAGAAAUCCUUGUAAUGUUGAGUAGGACUUCCUUUUUGAGACAAUUUUGCUGUGAAAUGAGAAUUUUGCAAAGAUUUCUUACAUUUUUUACGCGCCAAAAAUGGAGUUUAGGGAGCGAAAAUUUAUAGGAAAAUGAUUUUUUGAGGUUAAAGUAGGGUUAUGGUAUCAUCUCUUUGGGAUUUUGGGUAAAAUUUCUCAAAGAAAAGAAAUAAAACUUAUUUAGAUUUACAAAAAAUAAACAAUUAUUAACCCAGAGUUGGAAAAAAAGGUCUCUUCUUACAAAUGGCGCCAUAUUUGUAUUUAAACAAAAAGUUAAAUCCUUCUGGCGUCCUUUGAAAAAUCAUUUUCCUAAAUAAUUUAAAAAUAAAUUCAGAAGAGACUUAAGAAUGAGAAUCGUGUGAAUUUUCUUAGUAGAGGUUUUUAGCGAUUUUUAUUGGUGUUUUCACCUCACUUUGUAGCCACAAAAAGGCCCAAAAUCACUACAAAACUGUGUCAAAAAAAUGCCUAAAUUUUUACCACGCCCCCGUAUGUUGUUUGUGUGUAAACCUAACCACACUUUUUCUCAAAAUAAAUCACCUUUUUAUCAAAUUUUAAUAAAAAAAUUCUUCAAGUAAACCCCCUUCUUCCUUUAUUAGAUUUUUUUAAAAUAAAUCUCUUGAAAAUGUAAUUGUAAAAAGUUAAAAAAAAAACAGAUCUUUGUAAAAAAGAAAAA